AUGUGUCUGCAGAUAUUUGUAAAAGCUGUGUCCAUUCGCCAGCUAUCCCCUCAAAUACUUUAUGCAACUAUUAAGGAACAGCCAGACUUGUCUGAUUGUCUCUGGACUCUGAUGGUUGUAAUUUUUCCCCUCAAAGCAGUUGAGGAACUUGGAGAAAGAGCCCUGAUACUCUUCCCAUCAAAAGGAUUUAUUUUUCAACUCUUAGAAGGCGUCAAGUUAUCCUUGACGGUAUUUCAGACGGGAUCCUAUUGCUCGAAAACCGUCAGGCAAAUCCCUGAUUAUGAGGAACUUGCUGUUCUUGCAGCUGAGACACUUUUUUCAAUAAAUGAAGUACAGGUAUUAUUUGAACUGUUUGAGAAAAUCAGCAGGUCCAUUAUUGAUGACGGGCUCAUCCACAAGGAAGAGUUUGGCUUAGAAAAGAAUCUAUUUGCAGACAGGUUAUUUGAUUUGUUUGAUAUUAAAUGCAAUGGAGUAAUUGAAUUUGGUGAAUUCGUUCGAACUCUGGGUAUUUUUCACCCAAAUGCACCAACAGAAGAUAAAAUUUUAUUUGGAUUCAGACUGUACGAUCUUAGGCAGAAUGGUUACAUUGAGAAGCAAGAGCUAAGGGAGAUGGUACUAGCAGUACUAUCGCACGAAUCAGAGCUCCUACUCUCGGAUCAUUUUGUUGAAAUAAUUGUGGAUAAGACAUUCAAAGAUGUAGAUACGAGAGGUGAUGGCAGGAUUGAUCUAGAUGAAUGGAAAUGUUUUGUAUUAAAGAAUCCAUCUCUUCUGAAGAACAUGACUCUUCCUUAUCUGAAGUCUGAUAACCUCUCAAAGUUGUCGUUCAUAACAAACUGUGAGAAAGAAUCUGGCAGAGAUUGGAGCACUAAAUCAACAUUCAGCUCCUGA